AUGGCGGCCUGCAGCGUGGGGCUGUUGACCCGUGUGCCCCUCUGUGCCCAGGGAAGGGGUCAAGUCCAUCGUCCUAUCUGCCGGCUUCUCAGUUGCCCAGGAACUGUGGCCGCCGACCUCAAGAGGGAGGAGCAGCCUUCGGGGAACGUGGGGACAGGCUCUGAAGACAGCGUUCUCCAAAAGAGAUUCUCUGAGGUGCAGAAAGAAAGACGAGAAGAGGCACAACGGACUGUUUUAAUAAGUUGCCCAAAUAAAAUCAGUGAGAAAAAGUUUCUCAAAUAUCUAUCCCAACAUGGCCCUAUUAAUAAUCAUUUCUUCUAUGAAAGCUUUGGUCUCCACGCCGUCGUAGAAUUCCGCCAGAAGGGAAGUGUAGCUUCACUGCAGGAUGCCGCCUGUACUCCAAGCCUGGGCACGGAGGCUGCAGUUCCCUUCAGAUCGCGUUUCUUCAGCGUCAAGUUGAAGAAUCCAUCAACUUCUGAAAAGUCUUCUGUACAGCGUAGCAGUCAGUCACCUCCUUCCAGCAAGAAGCUUUUCGAAUUACUUUGUUAUGCAGAAAGUAUCGAUGAUCAGCUGAACACACUCUUGAAGGCGUCCCAGGUAACAGAGGAGAACGCAAAGCUUCGACAGCUCACCUGUUCUCUUAUUGAAGACAUAGCGGCUGCGUAUUUUCCUUAUUGUACAGUCAGACCCUUUGGCUCUUCAGUAAAUAGCUUUGGGAAACUAGGAUGUGAUUUGGACAUGUUUUUGGAUUUAGAUGAAACUGAAAGACUAAAUGCUCAGAAGACCUCAGAAAAUUUUCGGAUGGAAUUUCAAGUGAAAAAUGUUCCUUCAGAAAGAAUUGCAACGCAGAAGAUCCUGUCUGUGAUAGGAGAGUGUCUUGACCACUUUGGCCCCGGCUGUGUGGGCGUACAGAAAAUAUUAAAUGCUCGAUGUCCGCUUGUGAGGUUCUCCCACCAGGCCUCUGGAUUUCAGUGUGAUCUGACGACUAACAAUAGGAUUGCCUUGAAAAGUUCUGAACUCCUGUAUAUUUAUGGUGCCCUGGACUCACGAGUAAGAGCCUUGGUGUUCAGUAUACGGUGCUGGGCUCGAGCACACUCGUUAACAAGUAGUAUUCCUGGUGCUUGGAUCACAAAUUUCUCCCUUACAAUGAUGGUCAUCUUUUUUCUCCAGAGAAGAUCUCCUCCUAUUCUUCCAACUCUAGAUUCCCUAAAAACCCUAGCAGCUGCAGAAGAUAAAUGCGUAAUAGAAGGCCACAACUGUACAUUUACUAGUGACUUGAAUAGAAUUAAACCUUCCGGAAACACAGAAACACUAGAAUUACUACUGAAGGAAUUUUUUGAAUAUUUUGGAAAUUUUGCCUUCAAUAAAAAUUCCAUAAAUAUCAGACAGGGAAGGGAACAGAACAAGCCUGAUUCUUCUCCUCUGCACAUUCAGAAUCCUUUUGAAACUUCUCUCAACGUCAGCAAAAAUGUAAAUCAAAGCCAGAUGCAAAAAUUUGUAGAUCUGGCCAGAGAAAGUGCCUGGAUAUUACAACAGGAAGAUAAAGAUCGUCCUUCACCAUCAAGUAAUCAGCCCUGGGGGCUGGCGGCUCUGUUGCUGCCAUCUGUAUCAAAUAGUAGGUCUCUUGCCAAGAAGAAAGGGAAAAAGCCUGCAAGUGAAAGAAUUAAAAACUUGUUAGACUCUAUAAAAAGUAACAAUACAGAAAAUUCCAUAAACACCAGUGGGAAAAGAACGAUUAGUACUCAGGCAUAAUAGCUGCUGCUUUGCUUGGAGACCUGGUUUUUUGCAUAUACAAUGAUCUCUGGACUACCUGGAUGAACUGGUGUGAAACUUUCAUACAUCUCAACUUUCAUCUGACGCCACUUCAUGCUAUUCUCAUUGGCCCUCUUUGCUUGGUCUAAAGUUCUGAGAGAUGUCCCUUUUUGUAUCAUGGAUCAGUUUGAUACCCAAGUCAGGAACUUUAUGAGAACUUCAACCGCAAGGACGGGAUGAGAGAAGAUUGGAAUGGACUUUCAGUAAAUAGAUAAACUCUACAAAGUGAAUGGUAGAAAUCAGUUUUGUAGUCAGACGAUCGUUGAUAUCCACCUCACCCCCCUGGCUGGAAAUCAUUUAAAAGGUCUUCUGGCUUGUACAUAUGUAGGCAGUGAAUACAAUAAAACUUGAAAGUUUGCUGGUACUUUAAAAUGUGUAUGAUUGUAUUAUUUGAGCAAGAUGCUGUUACUCACUUAUCAAUUAGAACAGGUUGAUUUCCGUAAAUGCUUCUCCUCUGAGCAGACAUGAGUGCGGUCACUGCGUUCUAGGUAUUCUAAGCAAACGUACAAAUAUUGCUACAGUGUAUUUUUAAAUCUUUAGCUCCUUUUUCUGUGUUUCAAAAAUUAAACCCUGUUUUUACUAAAAUGUGAUACACCUAGUAUUUUUUCCAUCUCUUUUGAGAACUUCCCUCUCCUGUAGGAAAUAGGUGUGUACUGAAGUGUAAUUUCUGUUGGCUGUGGAAUAACUUC